UUCGAUCAAAACAUGAGCUUAAGUAAUUUCCACACAGUAAAUAAAUUAAAUGCGAGGAGAGCACAGGGGACUCGUGCACUGCGUCGUGAGUCAAGUCCUGCCGUCACUCGCCAUGGCCUCGGUGGAGCAGCCUCCUAAGAAGCGAAAGCUCUACGAGCCUUUACCGUCACCGCCACCGUCUUUGCCUCCGUCACCGCCGCCUCCUGCAACCGAACCGACCCCUCCCUCUCCGCAAACCCUACCUCCGCCGUCCCAGGAAGAGAUUCUCGCAAAGCGGCGGAACAAGGACGAAAUUCGAAGCGUCUACGAAGGUUACAAGCGGAUUCAGCGUUGCUUGCUUCAGAAAGAUGUUCCUUCCUCCAUGGCAGACCUUGAACAGAGUUAUCUCGUGCUCAUAACUUCUUCCAGAGGUUGUAUGAGUGUACAAAGAAUUGUGGCCGAUCUUAUUCCUCGGUAUGCAUGUCACUGUCCAACAGCCUUGGAAGCUGCAGCUAAAGUUGUCAUUAAUAUGCACAACUUUAGUUUGGCAUUGAUUAGUAGAGGAGAGGAUUCCAACGGUAUUGCAUUUGAAACUGCUAGAGCCUGUAUUUGUGGCCUAGCUGAUGUCUGCUGUGUUGCUUCAUCAGUGGCACCAACAUCAGCUGUAAUUAGAGGAAUUUGCUCAGCAGUUUUUCAGAAUGUGCUCACCUUUUUUAUAGCCUUAUGUGAAGAAAAGGAUGACUUACAUAUGGUUGACAAGAAUUUUCUGAAUAUGCAAGAUAACCCCGAGGUCUUUUCUGAGUUGAAACAAAAGGUUUUAGAGGAGGAUGAAUCUCCAUUGCGUAAACUGUCCAAAUUUCGAGUAUUAUGUCUACUUCGGAUUUUUUUCUCGUGUCCAAAAGAUUUGCUUGCAGCUUGUUUGGAUCUCUUAGGGUCUGCUACAAAAGAGGGAACUAACAAUGAAGGACAGCAUUUUUUGAGCCAGGUGACUAGCAUGUUUGAUGAUGAUAAAACAGUUCAUCUUUUGGAUAACGCAAUUAGUAGACCUAAGUCAUGUACAGAUUCUACUGGGUCAGGAAUCAGAGAUGAUGAGGUUGGUGAGGAAAUUGUGACCGAAGACAACCAUGUUUCUGGUGUUGAUUCAUCCGUUGGCAAGAGCUGCUUGCUUAUACGGGUUCUUGACAAGGAUCCCCCACUCCGGAAAUGGAUAUUGUGUAGGUGUAAGAAGUUACUUGACUUGCUCCCAAAUGCAUCACUGGAGAUUUUGUCAGUACUGCAAGGAAUUAUUGGAAUGUUUCCUCAACAAACAGAUUUGGAAGACUGUCAAGCAGAUAGUGAUGAAGAUAAAUCUGAUUCUUCAAUUUACAUGAAGAGUAAGAAGUACAUGGUUCCUAGAAUCUCUGAGGAACAUGAAAGCAUUGGUGAAUCAUCUGGAAAAGGCAGCAAUUUGAGAGUUUAUGUUGGUUCUACUGAUGGUUUUACUGAUAAGGUUUCUGAUAAAUAUGUGAUGGCUCAUAGCUCUGCAGUUUCUCUUGACAAUGCUCCAGCAUUGAAAGUGGAUUUACAGUAUGAUAAUGGAGUCUCAAAGCCCAUGAACAUUGGGGUGGGGGAAGAAGGAAAUAUGCCAAAUGUUAGAUGUUCCACACCUAGGGACUCAGUAAGCCAUCAAGUAUUUUCACCUGCAGUUAGAACACCAGUAAAUUUUAGGAGUAAUUCAUUUGAUGGUAGAAAUGACUUUCUGAAUGUAGAGAAAAAUCAAGUCUCAAGUAUGAAUUUCAGUUCACCACCGUUGAGAUCCUCUAGUGGAUCUGCUAGUAAUUCUUUGGCAUCUCCUAAUCAUCAUUUUAUGUCACCAACUGCUUCAACAAAAGGUCAAAUUGUGUGGUGCUGUGAUGGGGAUCCCGCAGCCAUGGAUAUUGUCUCUGCUUCUAGGCUGCUAUGGAUAGGUUAUGUGGGACCUGAUGUGCCCGAAAGUCAUAUUAGGUUUCACCUAGAAAGAUUUGGUCCUAUUGAAAAAUUUAUUUUCUUCCCAGUUAAAGGAUUUGCCUUAGUCGAGUACAGAAGGAUCAUUGAUGCAAUAAAAACUCGAUACUGUUUACCUGGAUGUUUCCCUUGCCGUGUAAAGUUCAUGGAUGUAGGACUUGGAACUAGGGGUGCAAUGAACGGUGUUGCAGUUGGCUCUAGUUGUCAUAUUUAUAUUGGAAAUAUUCCCAGUCAAUGGGCCAAGGAUGAGGUCAUGCAUGAAACAAGAAAAAUGAUCCACAAGGGUCCUCUUGCAUUCAUUGAUCUUAGCUGUGAGUUUGCAUUACUUAUGGAAUUUGAAACGCCUGAAGAAGCUACAGCUGUCAUGUUGCAUCUGAGACAACUGCGAAGAGAAAGAAGUAACUACAACCAGCAUUUUGGUCCAGCUCCAGGAACAGUUAAUGUUGGAAUUGGGCAUGCUUAUAUGGAUGGUGGAAGACCUGUACCUCCCCCUCCCCAUCCUGACCUUCAAGUUAACAAUUCUGCUGGAUCUCCACAUGCUCGAACUCUACCAGGGAGCCCCGCAGAUAGCAGUCGAACAGGGAUGUCUCACUUGUCCAACUUACUUGCUUCAUUGCGCUCAAAGUAUAAUAUUAAUCAAAACCAAAGUCUCCAUGAUAAUUAUAGGACUGGCAAUAAUUGUCCUUCCAUGCGUGAAGAAGAUAUGGUGCCAUCCAGCACUCUUUGCAUAACUAUUCCACAUUGUAGUAGCUCUAUGUUCCUUUCAGAUGAUGAGUUGAUGUCCAUUUGCAAUCUUGCCAUUGGAAACGCUGGAUCCAUUGUGCAGUUGACACAAGCAAGCACACAGAUGGGGUGCAGUUGGUUUGUCGAAUGCAGUAAUAUUGAUGGAGCAGUUUCUACUCUAAAGAAUCUCCGUGGUUGUCCUGGAUUGUUCUUUCAGAUAGAAUUCAGCAAACCUGAACAUCAGAACACUGCACCGUUUUCAGUUAAACCAGAGAACAAUUCUAUGGAGCUUGUAUCCCCCAGAAUAAAUUCUGAAAAUCAUACCAGUGGAAUACAGAGUGCACCUCUGCCUCAUUCAAACUGGCACUUUCCUGGUUCUAGGGAGAUGUCAGAGGUUGGGGCAAGGAAACCUGACGGUUAUGAUAAUUUGUCUCAGGAUCCUCAUCAAGGAGGUAAUGUUCCACAUUCACACUCUGGAGCACAUGGACCUUCCAUCCCACCACUGCAGCAAAUUCAGUCAUCUACUUUUUCUCACCCUGUUUAUGCUCCUCCAAAUGGUCCAUGGGAUCAUCGGGGAAUUAAUAAUCAUUUUCCUGUCAACCAAUUCAACACAGGAGUAAUGCCAAAUAAUUUUCAUGGUAAUGCUGUUGUAAGUCCUUUUAUUCCUGCUUCAGUGACUCCACUUGCUCAGAUACAAGGAACUCCAAUGCAUCCCUAUAACCAGCAGGUGCCUCCAUCAAUUGCACCACCACCUUUAUCAUCCUUACCACCUCCGCAGCCUGAAAUGCCACCUCCACUUCCUCCUUCUCCACCACCUUUACCCCAGGUUCAGCCUCCCUUGGUUCCUCCACUGCCUAGUUCUCCUCCUCCCCCUCCUCCUCCGCCACUGCCUGUCCAAGAACCAGUCAAUUUAGAAUGUUCUGUACAGUCUUUGCAGUAUCAAUGGCAGGGGAAUCUAUGUAAAAGUGGGGUCAAUUACUGUACAAUUUAUGCGUGCAAGGCAGAUUCAGCUAUUUGCCGAUACUCAAAUGCCAUACCCGAGCCUGCUGAGUGGCCCACAAAAUUAGACAUGACAAAACGCACGGAUCUUAGACAUGUAAAAUCAACAUUUGCUGCUACACCAUCUCAUAGAAGGGAAGUGUGCCGUCUGAUCCCAUCUUCCACUAGUGAUCUCAAAAGGUUUCAGGAUUUCAUAUCAUACUUAAAGCAGAGGGACUGUGCUGGGGUUAUUAAAAUCCCAGCUUCAAAAUCCAUAUGGGCAAGGCUGCUAUUCAUUCUCCCCCACUCACUUGAAACUUGCUCUUUGCUUUCUAUUGCACCUGAUCCCUCAGAUUGUCUCAUUGCUUUGGUUCUUCCCAAAGAAACGAACUUUGAGUGGAUAUGAUUUUGAUAGGUAUCCUUUAUCAAAAGUAAAAUGAUAUAGCUUAGCCCGUAGUGGAGCUGAAGGCAUAUUUUAUAUGCUCAAGGCGAAUGAAUGUAAAUUAUCCUGUUGUAGUUCUAACAAUGCUGAUGUGAAAUUUUUGUUGAUAUCGAUCCUAGAUUCUUUCUC